AUGAUAGGGCAAUCGGUAACCAGUCUGCACCAUAACAACGCAUUCAACUAUAAAUUUUUGAGAAAAAGUUGAAAAAGCCAAUCAAAUCAAAGCUUCUAAAAGACGCAAAACGAAAAUCGCACGGCGAGAUUUUCGGAUCAAUUCUAGUCUUCAACCAACACCACCACCACCAGGCCACUUGAAAACCAACAAAUGUUUGUUUUGACGUCACCAUCAUCAUUUUCUUGUUGUCCACCGCCGUUCCAACAAUCUUGAACUUUUUUGGGUCAAGCUGCUAUCUCUAGUUUUUCACUCAGAUGUUUCCUAUUCAUGAGAAAUGUCGGAACACUUUUUUGAAGCUCGCUACUGGACCAAGUCAAACACUCAAAUUAAUCAACGUUGCAAUAAAAGCGCUUUGUUUAUCCGCCGCCUACCAUGUUGCUAGGCAACCCGAGCCAUCUUCUCAUUUUUUUUUCUUUCUCUCUCUCUCUCUCUGCUCUCCCAUUUUUUUUCUCUUACUUGCAAAAACAAGGGUCGAUUCAAAGACACAUUCUGAAAAAAAGUUCAAAUGCAACUGGAGAAAAGAUAAGAACAUUCCUGAAAGUCCUUUGAUUGAAAGAUUCUGCUAUAUCAUUUUCUGUCUUUUUUUAGAUCGAUUCAAAAACCGAUGGGUUUCUCACACCGUCACUCGAAGAGGAGCUCACGGAGCCAAGCCUGGCGUUAAUCGAGGCGUCGCGUGCCAAUCUUGCCUCUGGAGGUCUUUAUCAUCCCUUUCGCUUUGGAUUGAGAUCAUAUUCUGAAAAAAAAAAAUAGCGGGAAGCUUUCGAGACGAGAUCGCGUCUCGAAAGCCUUACACCAUUGGAGCUCUUUCUUAUCUAUCAUUUCUUUUUAAUUUUUAAAAAAACUUUUUUUCGCGAUAUUAUUGCUUUUUAAUCGUUUCCAAGUGCUUUCUGAUCGAAAAAUAUUAAUUUUUUUCUGAAUAGUUUUGGACUCGUCUUGAGCUCGAUCGACAUAGCUUUGUCUCAAACAUGUGUGCGCGAAAAAUCAGAUCAACCUUUUGAAGUUUGACUGGAAAUCGGCGACCUUGCCUAUCCUCGUUGUCAAAAAAUAAUCUAGUUUUCAAACCUGUCAACAAAAACUCGAUGGGAUUAUUUAAAAAAUUAAACACGAAAGAAAAACCCAAUUUUUUCAAUUGAAGUUUUUUCCUUGAGGAAUUGAAAUGGCCGAGAAAAACCAAAACGACCCGGCAUUGACGAGCGGCGGCCGUGAUACAUCUCCUUUAAUUGAUCUGAAUCAGGGUCUGUCGAAUAUUCUCAAAGUUUCAAUUGCAAAUUUUUCAGGCACAGAGAAUGCCGUAAAGUUGAAAACGAUCAGCUUAAGCCGAGUGGCGCAGGAGAUUCGGCGUCGACAGUUCAAAAUGGUCGAUCGGCAGGUUUUUUUUCUUAGUUUUCAGCCACUUCUUCCUGAUUUUUUCCCGUUAGUUUUUCAACUUUUCAAAAGAGCCCUUCAUUCUGUUAAAGUUCAUUCAUGUUGAAUUGGAACUAAAAUUUCUUUCCUACAAGACGACUUUUUGUCGGUUUCGUAGUCGGAGGGUUUUUUUUCAGAAUAUAUUUUCUGUAGAUGAAUCAACCAAGUGCAGCAGCGAAUUUAUCCUCAAUUUUUUCUUUUAUGACGAGUUGCUUUAUCCAAGGAAGCUAUUUCAUUAUCAACUGUAAACUGCAGAAUUUUAAGAUUGAAAAAACAAGCAGCAUACGAGCAAGAUUAGCAGAAUGCGUUUUGCAGACGGGCGAGAGAAAGAUAAUGAUCUCUGACUGCUAUUCAGAAAUUUCCGGUGAAUAGGCGGGUAAUCACUCGCAUUUCCAGGUGUCAUUUACCCCGCGCAGCUCUCGUCCAUUUUGCUUAUCAUCAUCAUCUCCUUCUACUUCUUCUUUUUUCUUAUUCCUCACUUUUUUUGAAGUUUUUUUUUGGCCUUUGCCAAGAAAUGUUGACUCAUUUUGCGGAAAAUAAUUUUUUGAUUACUACAUCCCUUCUUAUAAUGAUAAUUCUAUUCAUAGUCAUCCCAUAAAACUAGAGAACAAACUUUUCUCGCGAGAAAGAGCUAGCGUUCGCAUAAGAAAAGUCAAAAAAAAACUAAAACUGUAUUUCUCCAGAAAACAUUUUACAGGUCUGUAAUUACAUAAUAUCAGAACAUUUUCAAAAAAAUACUCUGUAGUAUGUUCAACGGCUCGAAAAGGUUGUGACCCCAAAUUGACUGCGGCUCGCAGGUUAUCGAGAUUAGUUUUGCCACAACUUUUUGGGAAUCUUCACGUGUUUUCCAUCUAAGCAUCCAUUAAUUCCUGUCAGUUUACUGUCCUUUAUAGACGUUAAAUGUGACAUUUUUUGAGACUCGAAGCAUUAGAAGUACGACCGUAAUUCAACUUCAAAGCGACCUAGUUGACGAAUUUCUGACAUAGAUUAGCAAGGACGCAGCUCAUUCAGCCCGAGAGAGGAAAUCGGCUUACAAAAAACUUGGAAAAAUUAGGAAUGAAAUUUAGUUUUCACCUCAGAGAGGUAUUUUUGGUCUCAAUUAAACAAUUUUUAGCUACAAAGAAGUAGUAUUAGCUCUAAUUCAGGGCGGCCUUCAAAAAUGGCUUGCACAUGUCUGAUUUUUGAAGACCACAGUAGACAUCCCCUGUAAUCACUUCAAUGAGUAACGCAUACACCAAUCGCGGUUUUGGGCGAUAUCUUCGUUAAUAACGAGUUUUUUUGUAAGAAAAUAUGAACAGAUUUGAACAAAAACGCAAGUAGAACAUUCAAUGAUACAGUCUGAGUGUAACAGUUUAGUUUUUCCAAACGCUAGCAAGCCUUAAAAAUGGCCUAAUUUGGGGAAUGCGUAUUUAGUAAGUCUUUUUUUUCUGUAGUUUUUUAUCUACUAUUGUUGGAAAUAGCCUUGUUCAUUUCAAUAAACAGAAAAAAUUAUCGAAAAUGGUAUAGUAUUGCCAGCGGAGACGGCGCAGUGCAAACCGGACGAGCCCCUGUAGGUCUGAACCGCUGUGGCGGAUAAUCAAAAUUUUGCAGGGGAAAAAUGAUGAUGCGGUGAUUUUUGAGGAUUGCAAUCUUUAACUUGAGUGAAAUUUCCUAAUGAAACUUGACAAUAUUAUAGACGAAGGAUUGAUGAAUGUAGAAAUAAUAAUUGGGACAUACAGUACCAAAAGGGUUAUAGUCAAUGUUUCCCGACUUGAAAGGUGAUAUGGGCUGGUUGGCAAGGACGAGGUGUUGCGUGUGCGACGCGGCUAUUUGGCGGCGAGCCAAAAUUCAAAUGUGGGAGACAAUUUGGAAAGUUCGGCCACCGCUUUUUUAUUUCCUUUUUUCUUUUUCUUAUUCUGUUUUUAUAAUGUUUUCGCUAAUUAUUUGCUUCAGUGGAAUUUAUUGGAACUUUAUUUGAACCUAUAAUAAUAUUUUUUCGCACAAACAAAUGUUUAUUCAAGUUGAUCGUUGCUCGUUGAUUUGUUGGAAUAUGAUUUUUUUUUACUUGUGCAUUCUGUGCUGUGAAAAAUUUACUGUAUUUAUUCAUUGAUGAUACUUUUCAGACCAAGCAAAAUACGAUUGAAGAAUUUCAAAAACUCAGAAGUUGAGGGUUUCACACCGAGUUUCACGAAGAGUCGAUUUUCAAUAAAGGUCAUGGCUUUUUUUUUCUCAAAUUCAUUCAUUCUUUUUUCUUGCAUGCAGUGAAAACCUUUAGAAGUAACCAUUCGCGGAGUUUUGCGAAGUAUUUUAUCGAAUCAAUAACAAUUUUUAAAAAAGGUUUUUUUUUAUGGAGUCGGUUCACUAUCUGAAUUGAAGAUUUUCAGGAUUUCUGCAGUGAUUUUACGGAAUGGAGAAAGAAAAUAACGAGUUACGAACGAUUACCAAGGUUUGGAGGUUUUGUUUCUGUUCUCUUUCUGUUCCUUGGUUUAACUAUUCUUACAGUAAAUACUUAGAUUUUCCUGAAAAAGUUCGUUAAUAUAUUGUUCGCCAAAAAAUUUUACAUUAACGGACAUGCAAUUUUCGAGUUAAUAACCAAGCACUAAUUUUUUCUUUAUGUAAUAAAUAUUAAUUUUCAGAUAA